AAAGGUCAACCUUCUCUCUCUUAAUGCCGUUCACUCCAUGCACUGGUACGCCGAGUGAUUUGUGAGUGAAAAUGGAAAUGGAAAACUAAAGCAGAAUUGAAUCAGUUUAGGUCUGAGGUGUACGACAUUAACAAUGUAAUUUUAACAAUAAACCAACAAUUGACAAAAUUCUAUAAACCAACCAACACUUUACUUCAAGUAUUGUGUUAAGACAUUAUAUAUAUCGCGACGUCAUGGUUUACUACUUUACAAGUGCAGUUGUCUCACCACCUUAUUGUAUAUACAUGGGUUUGGAUAAACAUGAAAAUGAAGAAUUGAUAAAAUAUGGAUUUCCAGAGGAUAUAUGGUUUCAUGUUGAUAAACUAUCAUCAGCUCAUGUUUACCUGCGACUUCCCAAGAACCAAACGAUUGAUGACAUUCCUGCUGCUGUGCUAGAAGAUUGCGCUCAACUCGUCAAAGCUAACAGUAUUCAAGGAAACAAGAUGAAUAACAUUAAUGUGGUCUAUACACCAUGGGCAAAUUUGAAGAAGACAGGAGAGAUGGAUGUUGGACAAAUAGGCUUUCAUAAAGGAAAGGAGGUUAAAUCUGUAAAAGUAGACAAGAGAAAAAAUGAAAUUGUCAAUCGACUUAACAAAACCAAAGAAGAAAAAUCUCCAGAUCUUAGAGCAGAAAGAGAACAACGUGACCAAGAAGAGAGGAAAGAAAAUAGGCAAAGACUACAACAGCAAAGAGAACUUGAAAAAUUAGAAGUUGCAAGACGGAAAGAGGAAGCAGAGUUACGGUAAAUAUAAAAGACUUACGGUCUGAAGA